AGCGUCUCGCAGCUCAAGCUCGAUCUCGCUCCCCAACUCCCCGACUUUCAUCUUUGUCGCCGAUCUACCGAUUGGCCAUGAGCUACGAGACCGCCGACUCGCAGAAGGAGGAGUUUCGCAAGUACCUGGAGAAGAACGGCAUCAUCUCCCAGCUGACCCGCGUGCUUGUGGGCCUUUAUGAAGAGCCGGAGCGCCCCGCCAAUGCCAUCGACUACAUCAAGAAGUACUUGGGUGCGCCGACAGGUGUCGACGUGGAAGAGCUCCGAGCGGACAACGACGAGCUGCGGCGCCAGAAUGCGGAGCUGGAGGCGAAGGUCGCAAGCCUUACGCAGCAGCUGAAGGAGCUGCAAACGGAGCAGGAAGAGCAGGAGGGCUGAUGCGACCCUCAGGGCAAGUGGAGCAUUGAACGCGAUGCCAGGGGCGAGAUACAACUGCUUAUCUGGGUCAAACGGGAUGGGGCCACCAAAAUGGUGGAGACCGCUUGCUUUCCCUUUGA